UAGUGAUCGUCGUUGCAACGCGACCAGUUGAAUUUUGACCAGGCUGUCGUCCAGCCCUUUGUCCCUCGUUUUACAGCUAGACAAGUGUCGCAGUAACAAUUCCUUAUUACCUACCUAUAACCUCGACAUGGUCCUUCUACUUCCUUAAUAUCGAUACCAAGGUGAUCGAUGAUGCUUUCAUUCGCGCCCCUUUACCUAGGCGCAUCGCUGCUCCUUCAAGUUGCGACAGCAAACAAUAAUCUUCACGAAGGCAUCUUGCCCUCCUACCACUACGGCGCACCCAUCGGUGUCGAGUGCAUGAACAGAAGUGUAGAGACGGGCGAACACAUUCAAGAUGCCAAGAACGAGAUCCAGUGGAUCCCCUUUCCAGUAUGCAACGAAACGGGGAAGUCUCUCGAAUUCAACUACGGUAUAGAAGGCGAGAUGAACUGCACGAUACCUAUGAUCGACGACCCUUUCUUCCACCUGCUAGAGUUUUAUAUCCAUAGCGACGCCCCUCUCGCCUGUCGCCUUCCUGCCCGACCACCCGCCCACGUCGAGAUGGUCGGAGAGAAGCCCUACGAACAAGAAUACAUACCUUUAGUAUUCGCGUUGGCCGGCACGUUGCAACUAAGUCAUUUACAUAUCAGCACACACCUCAACAUCCUAUUACAUAGCACGCCCAAGCACCACAUACAUCCCCACGACAGCGGUGUCCUAGACAGCGGCGCCGCAUACAGCACGAGCCCGCUCAGCCACAUGGACGGUAGUUUCACGAAGCGAUUAGUUAUCGGCGACCCUUUACCUCUUAGCUUCAGCGUAAGGUGGUUCCCGACUCCGGCUCUGCCCAAGAUCGAGGGAAAGGUCGAGUGGCAGGGGAUGGGAGGACACAUAUACGCUAGCACCGUAUUUUAUGCUCUUGUAUCCUUCGUAGCCGGCAUCCUUGUAUCGGGCGUCUACUUUUUCGGUAUCAUCCUACCUAAGAGGUUAAAGGGUAGAGGCCUGGGCGGUGCCACGCCGUUGGGGUAUGGCAUGAACGGCGUAGGAAACGGAUGGGGCUAUUCAAAGAGAAUCGAUUGAGUGCUUGGGGUAGCUCUCGACGUCUCAGCUCGAACGGGUUCUUGUACAUAUUUUGACGGUGACGAGGAAUCGCGUGUUGACAUGAUCUUGGGAUUGUUUGCUGUACCAAAAGGACGGUUCUGUUAAUGAUACCAAAUGUGGGAAGAAUAGGUAGCUUCCUAGGGUAUAGUUAUAGGUGAAGCAACGUGAACUUUGAGGAAUUAGGUAUUACUCCUA